AGAUUCCUCCUGGACGUAUCGCCAUCUCGUUUUGGGGGGCCUCUCUUUCUUCUUCCAUGCGUAACCUUCUUCUCUUUCAAUGCACACACACACACACACGCGCCGCUGCUUUGUGAACUAGAAAACCUAUCGAAAUAAACAGGGAAAAGGAUCGAGUCUGUGCUUGUUGACAGACUCGCGACGCCUUGCGCCACGGUCAUCACAAAACUGCCGUGCAAAGCUGCCUCUCUGUAGCCACACCCCACUUCUUCUUACCUUCGGAAGAUAAUUUCUGCCGCUGCUCGCAUGAACGCGUGGUGGAUCGUUCUGAUCGUCGUAGCGGGCGUCGCCGUCUUGUACUUCGGCAUCGGCAUCGCGGUCCGCUACCACAGCGGCCUGCACCACUGCCCGGAGGUGCUGCCAAACUACCGCUUCUGGUGUGGCAUGCUGUCUUGCCUCGCGUGUAUCGCCACGUGCGGGCGGCGGCGAAUUACAUUUGAUCGUGGCAAUCACACGAAUGGCGUGUCGAUACUGCCGAGUCGUCCCGGUGCGGCGGCGUCAGCGCGUGGGGUGCAGUUCGAGCUGCUAGCGAGUGACGCGGACGAAGAUUAUGAUAUCAAUAGGGCCAUGCAACCGGCUGAGGUGAUAGUGAAAUACUAG